ACCGGGACAAACCACCGGGUUAUAUCCGAGUUUUGGACGCCCUCAGUCCGCUUUGGUUCGCCUGGAAAUGCGGAGUAGGCGAAGGGAGAGGAGUUAACGAGGAUUUGAGAUGGAGAAAACAUUGGUAGAAGAUGACUGCGUUGAUUCAGGAGCAGAGACCGGAGGGUCGGAUUACAGUCCCCUGUCUUCAACCAGCAUAAACGGAGCAGACUUGAUGGCCGACCUCCAGGACCCAUACUUGGUCAGCGUUCACCUCAUCGCAGACCCAGACCAGGGCAGUUUCCUCCAACACGCCACAGACGCCGCCCUCUCCUGGAUACACCGCGAUCUGCAGCUUUUCCGCGUCUCCGAACGGGCCCACCGCUCCAAAAAAAGACCCCAAAAUCCCUCCUCACAAGCUGCUUUAGCCGUCAUCCUCUUCCUCCAGGAAUCCUACGGAGGCGAGGAGCAUAUUUUAUCGUUGCAUCGCGCUUUGCAAAGACCCCCAUGGCGCUACCAUCACACAGAAAAAGUUAGCAAUGGAAAACGGAUGCUACCGCUAACUCCGAGUAGCCAGGAUUUUUUCACGCUGACGCCUGGGACUCCUUUAUGGGCAGUCAGACAAGUCCACUACGGCAAAGAAAUAGUCCGAUUUACAAUUUACUGUAGGUAUGAAAACUAUAUCGACAUGGUGAGGCUGUACAAACUGUUACUACAGAAAAGAGUUGCACAAAAGAAAGAGGAUUUUUGCUUUUUUGUGGUGUAUUCGAACGCAGAUUUGGAGAUUCAGUUGUCGUUUAAGAGGCUACAGAAAGGCCAGGCUCCAUUGGUCUUGGACUCGGCUCUUUUGGAGGUCAGAGUGAGAGAUGUUGGGGCAUUGGUUCCCCUUCUCCCGCACACGUGCAGACCAAUCAGUGAGCUGCGCUGGCAAACACAGGACUACGAUGGCAACAAGAUACUGCUACAGGUCCAGUUGCCGCUCUUCAAACAUCGACAAACCGACUCUUCAUUCCCUCAUCACGAAUCCACGUCCGCUCCUUCCACCGUCACCCGCCACAGCGCCCCCUACAGGCACCACCAUCACCACAACCACCACCACCAACGCCGCUGCCCCAACCGCUCUGCGUCCCUCCAUUCUAGAGGCCUACAAACGUCACAAAUGUCUCUCCCUUUGGCCUACGACUAUCUCAACCCCAAUGACGACUGGUCCGAACACAGAUAUAUGGAUCAAUACGUGGAAGAACUGAAAAACAACCAUUCGGGAUCGCUGUUCUCACUCCCAAAUAUAACUUCUACUCAUUCUCUGGACCUAUCUCGCAAUCAGCAUCGCCAAAACCUGCAAAAAUCGACUACAUAUUCGCUAGUCCCGCCUUUUCGCCUAAACGUUGACGCAUUGAUUGGCGCGGAAGAGACCGAUGUAGAUACAGGAGACAAAGUAGCGAUGGAUUUAUCAGUAGUUUCGGCUUAUAUCCAAGCUGGACUAAACUUAAACUCGAGACCCGUUUCUGCUCCUCCAGAAGAAAUCGUCCCAUCAAGAUCUCCCAGUAUUCCAGAUGUUAACGUCUCAUACAAAGCGGCGACGAUAGGAGGCAGGAGCGGGGUGAACAGGUCCAAUAGUCUGAUUGUAAACGGGCAUUGUAGUAGUAGUAGUAGUAUUGGGGCGUUGUUGGGACAAGCAGGUUUGGAUAUAAGCACGACACCUUCAGUGAGCAGUGUGUCCAUAAACCAUUCGGAUAACUGCAGCAUCGAAGAGGAGAAGAUAGAGGAAGAGGAGUUUUAUAUUUAACACAUUUCGGGAUCGUUUGAACAGUGCAGUAUAAAAGAACUGUAUGUAAGAGUUUGAUUUUAAUUUUAAACGUCCAAUCAGAAUGAGCUUCACAGGAGUUUCUCAUUUGGGUUGCCAGUUUCAAUGCUGAAAUCCAGGACUUUCUCUCAUCUGAAUCCUCAGCACCUGAAGCCAAUCAUCAACCAGUGCCUCUGAUGCUGUAGUAUACACUGUCUAUAUACUGAGAAUGAGAAAAAACGUUAUGUGUCCUCUGUCUGAUUUAGGAACUGGCAACCCAGGUUCAGUUGUGAAUGUAGUACCUUUUUUUAAAAACUACAUAGUAUUCCUUGAGUAGCUUUUACCGAUAGUGCUCCCCCUGCAGCUCCAUUAUGUGAAUACACUCUCAGGAAAAGACUCACAAGUGUUUUUUUUUUUUUUGUCUCUUUUCUUUUUUUGUUGAAAUAUGGCAGUAUAAUCACGUAAAAACACAAUACUAGCAAAUAUUUAAAAAAGGAGGAAGGGUUUCACUUCAGGUUGCGUGGGCUGGUUUCCGCACAGAUACAACAGGUGGAGAACAAAGACACUUCAAAAACCCCGAAAAUACAUGUUUAAGCAUCACAGGGACUUACAAACAUAUUUAAUGAGGUACUUAGUAAUGCUAUGUAGUUGUACUUUAAAUCACCAAUCCAGUGUCAUUCUGUUCAGAUCAGUCAGCUGUAUUAUAGGAUGCGUUCACGUGACAUCAAUAGAUCGUAUAAUUCCUGUAGUUCAGGGGUGCCCAAACUUUUUUCACAGAGAGCCAUAUCUUGAAAAAUAUUCGAGACAGAGGGCCACAGUGGUCAAUACAGUGGAUAAUUCAGAUGGGUGAAUUUAACGUAGUUUUGGUUUCAUACUUUAAAUAAGGCUUGAAACAUUAACAUUUGGUCUGUUUGACAAUGCAAUGUGAUGUUAUUUAGGUUAUAUUGGUAGGAUUACUCAAAUUUGCCGUAAAAAAAACUGAUUAUGAUCAAUUGGGCCAGUUCACCUGAAGGUUUGAGGGCCAAAAAAAAUUGGUCUGAGGGCCGCAUUUAGCCCACGGGCCAUAGUUUGGACACCCCUGCUGUAGUUUAAAACUGAGCUGGAGACAGAUCAGAAUUCUAUGGUGGAAUUUGAUGUUUAACUUUUAGAUCUGUUAACCUGGUUUAUGGCUAAUAUCUCUGUAACUGCAUAAAAUAGUUGCUGAUUUGUGUAAAUACUGUAUAAUAAAUGUAUGUAUUUUGCGUAUAGAUAUAUAAGCCAGACUUGUGUACAGAGUCUUAUGCUAAAAACACAGUAUCUACAUAUGUACAGAAACACAGUAUAAUAAAAAGAAUAUUUAAUGA